AGGAAAUGAAUAGAUAUUUUGCAUAAAGUCUGCACUAAGUUAAAAGCUAAAGCAGGAAGGAAGUUACCCCCACUAUGCUAGAUGGGAGUGCUUCAGUGACAUGUGCUUGCUUUUGAGAAAACCAGCACUCUUCAAAUUAGCACUGGGAAUAAUUAUGGUGUUUAUUUUGUGUUUACCUGAAUUUUUCAAAAUCCAUGAAGCUAACACUGUAAUUGUGUCAUGCACUGACACCUGCUCAUCAACUAACAUCACUUUUCCACUUUGUACUUUCAACAAUUCUUGCAAAACAUCAGUGCAACAAAGAAGAGAAAAGCAUACUGUUUUGCUGAAGGCUAUUGCAAAUAAUUCCAAUUUCCAAAGUAUCUCAUGUAUUUGCCAGUCCUCCAGGAGGGAACAGCAGUCCCAUCCUCAACACACAGAGUGUGAAUCCAAGAGGGAUGUGAAUGUUGAUGGACAAGGGUUAGGGUCAUUUUCAUUUUUGUUUCCAAAAACAAAAGGCUCACUUGAAGUGCAAACAGAAGAUGUUAUUUAUUUUUAUAAAUAUUUUAAUGUCACUACAGUUUCCAUGAUAGAAACAGAGCAUAAUACUUACUACCUGCUGGAAAUCCACAUCAACAGUUCUAUGGCUGGAGGAGGAAAUGCAGCUGAAGAACACCUAAAUCAUUCUUGUCUGCUGGCAAUGAUGGAAGACCAAAAUGACUGUAUAAAUAUUUCACUGCAACUGAAGUCUUCUGUGGAAUAUCCAAUGUGUAUGACGAAGAUCAUUUGGCUCACUCUGAUUCUAGUAGUUUUUGUGUUUACUAUAUCAAUUGUCAUCUACAAAAUAGUCCAAGAAAAUAAACAAAACUAUCGUAAACAGAGAAUAGCAACAUUGCUUUCUACUAUUCUAAGAAGAAAGAGUUCCACACAUGCAAGAAGAACAGUAUCUGCUACUAAAAUUCAUCCUUUUCCUGUGAAAACCAGCAAAGCACAGACUUCACUUUCUGCACAGACUACAAAGUUACUGCCUGUAAUUCCUGAACAAGAGCAUUGUCAUGUGGGUCAACUGUAG